UCCCUACAAUCUUUUUGCUCUUUGCUUUCAAAUUCCUUAAUCGAGUGACAAAAGCACCAUCUUUCUAGGGAAAAAAAUUCUGGGUUCUGUUUCUUGAUUCUCGGUUUCCACUGUGAUUAUUGAUCUGGGUGUUCAACAAUCUUCACAUAUUUUGUGUUUCUCUUUUAUAAAUUAUGGAAAAAGACGAGGCUUUGACAGCACCACGACAACCAGCAUGGAACACCGAGGUGCUGAAUUGUGCAACAGAGAAAGUGGGGAAUCAUUUUCGCAAUCCGAAUUGGGAUAAUUCAAUGGAUCAGAGCGAUCCCUUUGAGUCAGCAUUGAGUUCCAUGGUGUCUUCACCUGCAGCUUCAAAUGUCCCUGUUUCUGGGGAAAAUGUAAUAAUGAGGGAAUUGAUUGGAAAAUUGGGGAACAUAUGUAAUUCUGGUGAUGCUUCUUGUUAUACCACCCCAUUGAAUUCACCUCCAAGUUUCGAUUUUUCAAUGGUGAAUUUGCUGAAUCGUUCAACGUUGACGCCGUUUUCAGCUGACCCUGGAUUUGCUGAGAGGGCUGCUAGAUUUUCCUGUUUUGGUUCCGGCGGGAAUUCCGGUGGCUUCAAUGAUCCAUUAAUGGAUUCCUUUAAUCUUUCCGGAAAUCAAUCCAUUAAUGUUAAUGGAUCUCAGAGCAACAAGAAUUCUGGUUCCGAUAAGAAAAACAGUGGGGUUUUGAGGUCUUCCUCGCCGGAGAAUGCCGAAUCCGGUGUUUCCAAGGAAGAAUCUUCAGUUUCUCAGCAGAUCCAAUCCCAGAACGAUUCUGGCACCAGGAAAAGGAAAUCAACUCCAAGGGGAAAAGCAAAAGAAAUCCCCUCUCCUGCAGCUGUUGAUGCCAAGGUUGCAUCGGAGAACGACGAAUCGAACUCGAAACGAAGCAGGCGAGAUGGAGCUCCGGCUGGGAAUGGGAAUGCUAAAGCAUCAAAUGAUGGGAAUGAGAAGCAAAGCAAAGAGAAUUCGAAGCCGCCGAAGGAUUAUAUCCAUGUCAGGGCUAGAAGGGGUCAAGCAACUGAUAGUCAUAGUCUUGCAGAAAGAGUUCGAAGAGAGAAAAUAAGUGAAAGGAUGAAGUUCCUUCAGGAUCUUGUGCCUGGUUGCAAUAAGGUGACUGGUAAAGCAGUUAUGCUUGAUGAAAUCAUUAACUAUGUGCAGUCCUUACAGAGCCAGGUUGAGUUUCUAUCUAUGAAGCUGGCCACUGUGAAUCCGAGGAUGGAUGUUAACAUGGAAGCCCUUCUGUCAAAGGAAAUGUUCGAAUCCCGUGGACCGUUGCCGCACGGAGUUUAUUCGAUCGAUUCGUCACCGGCAUUCCCUUACGGUUAUCAGCCCCAGCAAGGGCUACCACCACUUAACAACGGCAUACCGAAUACCACCGAGACUCCGUUCUCGAUGAAAACACAAGGCUUUCAGCUGCCUUCGAUCGACCGUUUCACCGAUGCUCAUCCUCAGGUCGGAUCGAUGUGGGAGGAUGAUCUCCAGAGCAUUGUUCAAAUGGGGUUUGCCCAGAAUCAGCCACAAAGCUAUCAAGGCUCAAUACCAACAGGGCAAGUGAAAAUGGAGCUGUGAGCUACCACUAAACAGCACCAUUGUAAAUAGAAACGGAAAGCCUUUAUUUCCCAGAAAUCGUUUCUGAGGCCCCAAUUUUAAGAUUUCUUACAACAAAUCCUGAUUUGUAAUAUUUUAGGACUAAAUGCCACAGUUUCAAGACAUGUUAGCUUCGGCUGAGGUUGAAAAAGAGAUGAAUUUUUAUGUAAUACUUCUGUUUCAACCAUGUGUUACGAUUUUCGAAUCGGAUCGAAUCGAAAAUUUAGAUUAAUCCCCA